AAAACAACAAUUGAACAGAAAGUCACUUCUGUAGAGAUUGUACAUUGAGUGCACGGUGAAUUGUGCACUACGCUGUGCGCGACAUUGUUUCCGUUUGUGCGUGUGGGUCAUUGAUGUCGGUGUGUAGGGGCAGCCUGGUCAGCAGGCUAGUCAGUGGCUCCUCGCCUAUGUUUGAACUUCAUGCCUGAACAUAUUACCGAUGUGUAUGCCAUGUUUUCUAGCGCCGAGCUCUGUCAUGCGAAUCCUCUGGUACGCCCACGCACAGCCCACGCACAGCGCACGCACGCUCGUUCACUCCCAAGACGACACCGAAUCCGUGACUCUCUCCAGUUGAGCUGGUGACGCUGUUCGCUCUCUGGCGGUAGAACGGGGAUGUUUGGCAUUUGUACCGAUUUGUGCUUGCCUUCUGUGAGAUGAACGGAUGGAGAGGACCAGUGACCAAACAUGCCUACAGUCCUCCGCGGCACGGGAAAACUUUCCAUCGUGUGUUCACUGAUUCGUUGCGCAUCUCAGCAUCUGGAACAGGAAAUGGUGGUGGCAGACAUGCAUUGCUCUGUCUCACAGGUCACAGGAAGUGAGCGUAACGGCUGUUCCAAAGAUAUUCUAGGGGACAUGACCCAUUCCUGGCCAUCCCAGCAACCCUCAGGAGGGAGUCAGGCCCAACGCUUCCCCUAUAACCCUAAGGAAGCAAAGCCGCACACAACUCAGCAAACUUGGGAGAAUGUGCAGCAGCUGAGGAUGACCCAGCCUCACGUGGCGCCUCACAAAUCUAUGCUCGCUGAUGACUUGAAGCUCAGCAGUGACGAGGAGGAUGCUGACAAGGACCCUGAGCAGUCAGCCUCCUGGACUGGUAACAAUAGUCUGUCGGAACAGCACACACACACACAUGGUGGGAGGGUGAGACAUUCAUGCUCAGACUCUUCAGGCUCAGACUCUUCAGGCUCAGACUCCUCCAGUGAGUCGGAGGAGAGCAGUAGCCAGCGCCUUCGUAGCCCCAGCCCAGAAACACACUCCGAUCCUGGGACACCCACCGACGCUCUCCUCGGCUGCACCGAGGAGACAGAUCACCCCCCCACCACUCAGUGGCAGCUGGAUAAGUGGCUGAAGAAAGUCCGAAAAAAAUCCUCCUCCUGGGAUUCCAGCAACCGUGACCACACCCAGAGAGCUACAGAACACAGCUCGCCCUCCCCAGACCCCCACAGAGCCCCGUCUCCAGCCAGAUCCUGGGGGACCAGAGAGGACUACAGCCCCGGCCAGAGCCCUGUUCCCAGCCCACACUUUAACUACAGCCCCAGGCAUAGCCCUCGGCCUAGCCCUCGGCCUAGCCCUGGCUACAGCCCCUGUCCCAGUCCUUGCCACAGCCCAAGACACAGCCCCAUCCUUAGCCCGGUCCCCAGUGUCUGUCUGAGUCCCUGCCUCAGCCCCAGAGCCAACCGCGACCCUAGCCCCAUACCCCGACACCCCCCUAAGAGUCCUAGUCCCAGCCUUACUCAGUCUAGCUCCCGUCACUAUCCUCAGGUUCGGAGUCCUCAUCAGGAAAGCUUCAGGCCUCUCACGCGGCCUAGCUUAACAUCCAGCCCGAGCCAUAGACCCAAAAUCAGGAUCGCACCUGCUCCCAGCUUUGAGUCCAAGAGCAAACUGAGGCACAGUUCCUCUCCCCAGCCUCCACUUCAGCACGGCUCCAGGCCUAAACCCAAACAGAGCCAAUCUGUUCCCACUCCCAAGAACACAGCCAAGGCAGCCCCUGCGCUGAGCACUGAGCCGAGCCACAGACCCAGACCUAGUCCCAACUCCAGUCCCAGGCUUCAUUCUCAGCCUAGGUUGAAACACAACCCCAUCCUAGCACUCAAAACCAGCCAACAACUAACAACCUCUGGACAAAGGCCCAAGGAGAGUAGCAGACUCAGCCACAAUUCCAACUCCAAACCCAGGCCCAAGUUUGGGCCUAGUUUGACAACCAGCCUCAGUACCAGUCCCAGUCCCACACCCAGGGCCAAGACCUUACCUCCCGCAGACCCUAGCAGAGAGACCAGCAGCAGAGUUGGUCACAGUUCCAAAUCGAGUCCCAAGCCACAUUCUCGGCCGAUCUCCAAAGCUGGUUCUGGGCCUAGCUCUAGAUCCAGCCCCAGUCCUAUACCCAAAGUCAAGUCCCGGGAGAACCCUGCUCCCCACCCAAAGCCUCCACAGAGGAAGCCCCAAUCCAGGGAGAGAGAACGGGAGGUGGACAACCGGAGAGAGACCCAGGCAGCAGACAGGAAGGCAGACAGGCAGGCAGAGGGAAGAGGGCGGUGUAAUGUAGAGAGACAGGGAGAGAGGCCAGGGGAGAAACAGGGAGAGAGAAGACUGGCAGAGGAUAAGUUGCUAAGACGCCCCUGGGUCCAGAGUUCAGAGGAGGAAGAGGACGUAGAGGAGAGAAAGAGGAGGAGGGAGGAGAGAGAGAAGGAGGAGAAGAGGAGGAGGAGGAAGGAGCAGCAGCAGCAGAGUGGUGAAUGGCAGGCGGUCCAGCCCAAGCAGAGACCUCACACCAACAGCGAGCGACACCGCAAUCCCAUUGAUCCACAACGCCACGGGACUAAGAAAAAGAGGAGGAGGAAGAGUGAGGAGGAAGAGAGAGAGUCUCAGCCGGACCCUUCCCUUCCGCCCUCCUCCCCCACACCUGUCAUCCCUCCCACAGAUUCCUCUUCUUCAUCAUCUUCCUCAUCAGAGUCCGACUCGGAGCCCAGUCUGCCUCCCAACGUCGCCAAAGUCCCAGCCGACUCCACGUCCAGCCAGCGUCCCAUCCCCAGGAGAGGGCACCAGGGCCCUGGGAGGCCUUCAGACACCAGGCCAGGAGUGCUCUACCCCACUGCCACAUCCAACCAAGCCCACGGGCCGCAGAGCCAGGCAAAGCAGAAACUCUACACCUUGGUCCCAUUUGGGCGUAGUGAGCAAGCCCCAUCCUCACACCGAGGCCUGAGGAAUCUGGUGGUGCAGUUAAACCUCUCCCUGCUCAGCAGAGUGCCUGAUACUACGACAGACACCCCAGCCUCUCACAAACACCCCUCCUCUUCCUCUUCCAAGCAAAAAGAGGCCAUGAGACACCUGUACACCCCAGAGACAGAGGGAGGAGACAGCAGGAGGAAACGGAAGUCAGAGAAUGGAAUCCAGCACCACAGAGAGAGUAAGCGGAGUAACUCCCAAACCAACGGCCCCUCUGCCCACACAGAGUCUACAGCUAACAGAGAGAGUAAGAGGAGUAACUCCCAAACCAACGGCCCCUCUGCCCACACAGAGUCUACAGCUAACAGAGAGAGUAAGAGGAGUAACUCCCACACCAACGGCCCCUCAGCCCACACAGAGUCUACAGCUAACAGAGAGAGUAAGAGGAGUAACUCCCAAACUAACGGCCCCUCAGCCCACACAGAGUCUACAGCUAACAGAGAGAGUAAGAGGAGUAACUCCCAAACUAACGGCCCCUCAGCCCACACAGAGUCUACAGCUAACAGAGAGAGUAAGCAGAGUAACUCCCACACCAAUGGCCCCUCAGCCCACACAGAGUCUACAGCUAACAGAGUGAGUAAGCGGAGUAACUCCAACACCAACGGCCCCUCAGCCCACACAGCUAACAGAUGUCUAGACCCCCACACAGAUGCCAGACACAACAGGUUCUUGGAGGACUACCUAGACAGUAAGAGGCCACUGUCCCCCCUGUCCCCUCUCUCUGACACCCCGGACCCCACCAAGCCUCCCAUCAAAACACAGCCCCCAGUGCAGCACUACACAAACAGUGAGGUGCCCAGGACCCAUGCUAAGAUGGAGGUGGAGUGUGUAGGUGUGUCAGGGAAGCCCCCACACAUGUGUGAAUCCUGGGGACCUCCUUUACAACGGGCAGGGAGCCAGAGAGGAACUGUACUCAACCAUGAACCCCCACACCAUGCUGAGUACUACAUGCAUGAGGCCAAGAGAAUGAAGCACCGUGCAGAUGCCAUGGUAGAUAAGCUGGGGAAAGCAGUGAACUAUGUGGAUGCUGCUCUCUCCUUCAUGGAGUGUGGCAAAGCUAUGGAGGAGGGACCACUGGAGGACAAGUCACCCUAUACCAUGUACACAGAGACGGUAGAGCUCAUCAGGUAUGCCAUGAGGCUGAAGAACCACUCUGGUCCUGGGGCCAGACAGGAAGACAAACAGUUGGCCGUACUGUGUUUCCGGUGCCUUGCUCUCCUGUACUGGCAGAUGUUUCGUCUGAAGAAGGACCAAGCCAUGAAGUACUCCAAAGCUCUACUGGAGUACUUUAAGAGUUCUCCCAAAGUGCCUACUACACCCCCCAUCUGGAGCGGCUCAGGAAAGGGCACAGGGGGGCCUCCCUCCUCUCUCUCCCCCAGCCCCUCAGCCCUCCCCCUGGGCAGCUCCCCCUCUUCCCUCAUCAACAUUCCCCUGCGUAUCCACCAGAUGGCAGCAAACCACCUGAACAUCACCAACAAUGUCCUAUACAGCUAUGAGUACUGGGAGCUAGCAGAAAGCCUGGUCAGAGACAACAAUGAGUUCUUUAACUACCUGAAUACACUGUCAGGGCCAUUGACUCUCCACAGUAGUAUUGCUCAUGCAGUCCAGUACACCAGACAGGGUCUGCAGUGGAUCCGCAUCAGUGCCAGCGUGGGCUAGUGGCAGGAGGGAGAGAGGGACACAACCAGUGUGAUUAUAAGGGGAGGAUUCCCCCUGCAUUCCACGUCGUCAGGAUCAGCGUGGGCUAGUGGCAGGAGGGAGAGAGGGACACAACCAGUGUGAUUAUAAGGGGAGGAUUCCCCCUGCAUUCCACGUCGUCAGGAUCAGCGUGGGCUAGUGGCAGGAGGGAGAGAGGGACACAACCAGUGUGAUUAUAAGGGGAGGAUUCCCCCUGCAUUCCACGUCGUCAGGAUCAGCGUGGGCUAGUGGCAGGAGGGAGAGAGGGACACAACCAGUGUGAUUAUAAGGGGAGGAUUCCCCCUGCAUUCCACGUCGUCAGGAUCAGCGUGGGCUAGUGGCAGGAGGGAGAGAGGGACACAACCAGUGUGAUUAUAAGGGGAGGAUUCCCCUGCAUUCCACGUCGUCAGGAUCAGCGUGGGCUAGUGGCAGGAGGGAGAGAGGGACACAAGCAGUGUGAUUAUAAGGGGAGGAUUCCCCCUGCAUUCCACGUCGUCAGGAUCAGCGUGGGCUAGUGGCAGGAGGGAGAGAGGGACACAACCAGUGUGAUUAUAAGGGGAGGAUUCCCCCUGCAUUCCACGUCGUCAGGAUUAUUAUUAUGCUUCAAUUCUCAGCAUGUACCGUAAAUGAUGGCUUGGAUUUAUAAACAGUGCUGACGCUUUACCUUGUGCGUUUAUCUUGAUUGGGGGAAGGUGUUGUUAUUCCUACAAUGAAGCAGAGCGAACUGUCUUGGUAUCUCUUUCCUCUUCCUGUUCGGAUUGUCAGUGCAGAUCUACAAAGUGCCACAUGGAUUUAAAGCUUUUAAACUUGCUGCUUUGCCAAAUGUGCCACAUGUGAUGAUGAAACAAACACAAAAACUGUCUAACAAGGACAUUUUAAGAGAAACAUGGCUCAGUGCACCACCGAGGACUUUAUGAUUCUUCUACUGUACAAAACAUAGACUGUAAAAGAUCCAGAGACCUGGACUACAUUUCUGAAUACAAUGCAUUCAACCACAGUAAAACUCUAACUAGCGUCCGUUGCAAAAAGCCACUGUGGUAACCAGUGACCAUUUCCUCAAAAAGCCAAUUCCUGUCCACUGGGCAUAGACGCCAGUUCAAUGACUAGUUUUGAUUUACGUUUGGUUGAGUUGUCUACUAACGUGAAUUCAACGUGAAUAAACAAAAAAUGUCAUCAUGUUAUUGGAUUUAGGUUGGAAAAAAGACUAAAUUCCCUUGCGUUGAUUACUUUUUACAAAUCCAAUCGGUUUUCCAUGUUGAUUCAACGUCAUCACAUUGAUUGUUUUUGUUAAAAUGACGUGGAUACAACAUUCAUUCAACCAGUUUGUGCCCAGUGGGAAGAGACCUGGACUGCAUUUCUGGACUACAUUUCCCAUGAGCCUUUACAAGACACAUGGAUUCUUCAUGGGAAAGGUGAAGUUGGGAUUUUGAGUUUUCUUUUGGAUUGUCAGACCACUCAUCCCAAAGGGUGGAUCAAGUUACCGGUAGCUUUGCUUUUAUGUUUUAUGACUCCACUAUGUGAUGGCCUUUUUAAGGACAUUUUGAGAUACCUUUCACUUUUUAUGUGCACUGUGUGUGUCAGACCAUUCAUUUUUACAAAAAUAUCAAAACUAGAGCAUUUAGAUGUUGAUUUUCUGGCCAGCAUUCAUGUUCCUGUUUUGCAAAAUUAUUAUUUAUAACAUCGUCUAAUGUGGUUAUCAAAAGUUACAUACCAAAAUGUGUUUCAUAAAUGUCUUUUUGAUAUUGCAAUUUGUAUGUAGGGGUCUAUCCCCUUGUUUAUUGAAGCAGAAUGUGUACAGUGAGUGUACAAAACAUUAGGAACACCUGCUCUUUCCAUGACAGACUAACCAAAUCAAAUCACAUUUUAUUGGUCACAUAAACAUGGUUAGCAGAUGUUAAUCCAAGUGUAGCAAAAUGCUUAUGCUUCUAGUUCCGACAGUGCAGCAAUAUCUAACAAGUAAUCUAACAAUUCCACAACGACCUAAUACACACACAUCUAAGUAAAGGUAUGGAAUGAGAAUAUAUCCAUAUAUGGAUGAGCGGUAUAGGCAUAGACCAGCUGAAAGCUAAGAUCCCUUAUUGACGAUUCUUCUUAAAUACACUUCCAUCAGUGUAGAUGUAGGGGAGGAGACAGGUUCAAGAAUUAUUUUUAAACCUUGAGACAAUUGAGACAUGGAUUGUGUAUGUGUACCAUUCAGAGGGUGAAUGGGCAAGACAAAAAUGUAAGUGCUUUUAAACAGGAUAUGGUAGUAGGUGCCAGGCGCAUCGGUUUGUGUCAAGAACUGCAACCCUGCUGGGUUUUUCAUGCUCAACAGUUUCCCAUGUGUAUCAAGAAUGGUCCACCACCCAAAGGACAUCCAGCCAACUUGGCACAACUGUGAGAAGGAUUGGAGUCAACAUGGGCCAGCAUCCCUGUGGAACGCUUUGGACAUCUUGUAGAGUUCCUUCCCUGACGAAUUGAGUCUGUUCUGUGGGCAAACUGGAUAUUAGGAAGGUAUUCUUGAUGUUUUAUCUAUCUGAUGAUGAACCAGAUAGAUUUCUACUUAGUGAUCUCUCAGAUAUUUCCAAAAUUAUAUUUGUCUCACUCAACUUUC